CUCAGCAGUAUAUAACCGGACAUCUCAUUUCAUUCCCAUUAACUUACAUAUAUUAUCGAACACAGCAGAUUCUUGUGCAACGCAGCACAGCACGGUACGGAACAACACUCGCCUUCUUCUUUCUUUGCGAAGUAUUUGAAGCUUUCGCUCAUUGCAUUGUGCUACAUUACAUCUACAUUUAUACAUAAAAUAUAUUCCCAACCCCCGGUAUAUAUCUCUUCAGAUUUGAAAUUAGAAUCAAAGAGGAAGAGCCACAGCCCACUAAGAUGACGAUCAAACCGCGAACAUACCAAUUUUUGGUCGGUGUCUUUGCAUCGCUAGGGUCAUUCCUUUUUGGAUAUGACCUUGGUGUUAUUGGAGGAGUGGUUGCUUCUAAAGCAUUCGUCCGUGAAUUCAAUGAUCCAAAUCCAAACCAAGUCGGCGCUGUUGUAUCGCUUUUUACUGGUGGUGCCUUCUUCGGAGCUCUUUUCGCUGGACCAAUUGGUGAUUGGUUUGGUCGAAGGAUCGUUAUACUCAUCGGUGCCGUCAUGGUGUGUUUGGGCGGUGGCAUGCAAUCUGGUGCUCGAAAUAUCGACUACUUCUAUUCAGGACGCGCUCUUGCAGGAUUAGGAGUCGGAUUCCUAGUCAUGAUCAUCCCUCUGUAUCAAGCUGAAAUCGCACAUCCUCUAAUCCGUGGCCGUAUUACGGGACUGCAACAAUUCAUGUUAGGCAUUGGAGCUGCUGUUGCUGUGUGGAUUGCAUAUGGGACGAACCUUCAUCUUGCCAGUACAGAUAACAAUCAAUGGCGUAUCCCUCUUGUGAUUCAAGUGGUACCUGCUGCAGUCCUGGCCCUACUAAUUCUCCUCUUCCCUGAAUCUCCGAGAUGGCUCAUUGUCAACGGCAAGAGAGAGGAGGGGCUUCAGACGCUUGCUCAGCUCCAUUCGAGCAACGACCAAAGUGAUGCCUGGGUGAGAGCAGAGUUUGAGCAGAUUCAGGAGGCGAUCACUUUCGACCAAGAACACGGAGCUAAAGGGUACAAGGAGCUGUUUACCAACAAAUCAAGCUUCCGUCGUUUAGUUCUCACGACUGCUCUUCAAGCUUCCGUACAAAUGACAGGUGUUUCUGCGAUCCAGUACUUCUCACCUGAGAUCUACAAAACCAUCAACAUCGGCACAACAGAUGCUCUCAAGUACCAGGGAAUAAGCAAUGUUCUAUCUAUCCUAGCGCAGUUGUGCACUAUCUUGUUUAUCGAUCGUCUAGGUAGGCGAUGGCCCUUAAUCUGCGGAAAUCUCGUCAACUGCGUCUGUUUCAUCAUUGUCACAGCAGCUAUCGCCACUUUCCCAUCCGCGUCGCCAUCACGCCAAACAAGUCUUGGCUGGGCCUUCAUCGUGGUCAACUGGAUAUACCAGAUAUCUUUCUCUUUUACUUGCGGUUCCCUCUCCUGGAUUAUCCCCGCUGAGAUUUUCGAUACCAAGACGCGCUCUAAGGGCGUAUCAAUCAGUGUCAUGGUCUCCUUUGCCUUCAAUACAAUGAUCGGACAAGUGACUAGCCCCGCAAUCAACGACAUCAGCUGGCGUUACUUCCUCGUCUUCGUGGUUUGCAAUUUUACUAACGCAGUCUUUUUCUGGGCCUUCAUGCCUGAGACUGCAAAGCGUCCACUAGAAGAGAUGAAUAUCCUGUUUAGUGGCUCCUCAUGGUUCGUGCCAACUAUGAAGAGGGAUUUAUUUGCUGUUAAUGACCUUGAACAUCGCAUCCAGGAAGUUAUUGAGAAGGAAAUCGCUCUCAAUGUUGAGAAUGCUAGCAACAAGUAGUGCGGUCUAAUUAGGUAGCUUGGAUUGUGUGGAUGAUGGGAAACGGCGACCUGCGAAAUACACCCCAGUACGGUCCGAUGCUAAUUUCUAAAUAUCAC